AUGAAGGUCCACACCAAGGUCCUAGUGCACUACCUCUCAUGUCCUUCCCCCGUGGAUAAAGAGGGCUUCCUCUUCAAGAAGAAGCAGCACAGUGCAGUGUUCCGUCGUCGCUGGUUCGUGUUGAAGGGAAACGUGUUGUUCUACCAGUCACGUCCUGCGGACCGACAGACUGGGGGCGCCAUCGCUCUGGAGGGAAGCAGCGUGAAGCCAGAGGGAGAACGCGGCUUCAGCCUGGUGUUCGAGGGUCUGCGCACAUACAGGCGAGACCACCCCCUCACUCCGUUUUGUGUGGGUGAACGCGGGCGUCGAGACGAGUGGGUCAAAUGUCUGCUGACCGCCACUCACUGCUACAUGUCUCUGUUACUGAGAGACUUGGGUCUACAGUACCAUGCGGCGAGACUGCACUCCGGUGACUCCUCCCACAUGAGCAGUGACUUGGUGUUGACUCCGCCCCCAGCCUCUAGCCACUCCCCUCAGUCGGCCUCCAGCGUCGCCGAAGUAACCAGAGCCACGCCCAGGAAGUCCCCGAACGUGUGGGCGCGCCGCCAUGCCCACGUCACUCCCCUCAACGGACCUGGGCCCCUGUCCAGUGACUGGCCCCCAGUGGAGCUGAGAGAGUUCAGGGACAUACACCAGUUCUAUGGGAGAGAGGUGGAGAAAGCGAGGAAGGAGUGGAGAAAGGGUGAGGAAGGGGGAGGAGAAGGGGGUGAGGAGGACAGAGCUCUGAUUGAACUCUUCUGA